GCACCAGCCCGGAUUCUAGCGGUAUCCACAACGUCACGCGAAGUUUUGGUAAAAACAAGUACAGAAAAAAAGAUCAAACUCGUCAAUAAUUAAAUCGAUAAUCCUCGGAGUGUUUCAAUAAACGAAAACAAAAGAACAAUAACAAGAACAGUUGAAACGAGUUUUUUUUGGAUUUGAAGAGGCUGGAGAUAGUCGUCGACAUACGUCUGAGGAAUCCCGAAUUUCAAAUCAAUAAAUAUGUUCGGUUGAUGUGAGAAUUCAUGUGAUGAAAAAUAUAAAAAACGUGAACAACAAAACUGUUAGCCACACUCAAGUCAUCUACAAGAAUUGAAAAAAAAAACAAAUUAUGACACUCCUAAACGCCUACACAAAAAUGACAUAAAUCCCUCGUAAACACAUUUACCAAGCAAAUAACCCAAUCCUAAUCUGAUGAAUGGAAUACAAUUUUUCCUCACGAACUGAGUCCACCUUAUGAGUGAUGGGGGGCAUCGUUUGCCAAUUUUCGCAUAAAAAUAUUCAAAUUUCUAUCAGAUGUCGAGGGACUACGACAGCCGUCGUCGAACUGGGACAAGUUCCAGCAAGCUGCGAAUGGACACAAGCAUCUCCCAGACGCGUCCUCACGGCGAGUCAUCCUCAAAACGCAAAGAGAUUGAUAAUGUAAUGCGUAAAGCGCGUGAAUCACAUCAGUCCUCCUACUGGAACAAGAAACUCCUGGAGGCAGAGGAACGUGAUCCCAACAGAUGGCGUCACAGUGGCUACAAAGAGCUCUACGUUGGCUCAAAUAGUGGAGAGACCAGUAGGAAUCAUCCUCGAAGUCCGCGUAGCCCUCGGCCACGUUCGCCUUACAGUCCGCGUGCACGAUCGCCACGCGAACGCUCCUACACUAGGGGUAGAGCGGCCCGGAGUCCCAGUACGGGAUCCACCUGUUCGGACAGGUCGUGUUCGGUUUGUUCGCCGAGGGAUCGUCGUCGCGUACAAGCCCAAUCACGUUCACGCUCGCGAUCACAAUCACCUCAUGCCCGCCAGAGGGGACACGGAAAGGAGCAUAUCGUUACUAGUUCUAGUUCGAGAACAGCUCCACCGCGUUCGAGGCCACGCUCACCUCCACCAAUACCGCGUCCGCGUACACCACCCCCAGCACCACAGCCACAGUCACGUCAUCAAAAGGAGUACAAGGCGAUGAGGGAGAAAGAGGCGGCUAAAGCUAGAAGGAAGGAGAAGCAUCACAGGGUAUCCGAGGAUCCCAGAGUUCCCGAGCCAAUUCCUUUGAUGAGAAAGCCUGUGAAGAUUGAGAAGACUCACUCGAGUCAACCGCCGCCAACAGCUGCUAUUCACGCACAAGCUGAGUCUUCCGGGAGUGAAGACAGCGAUAGCUCUUCCAAUGCCUCCAAUGUGGGGCCACCGAAGAUGACAUUAUCAGAACGAUUUGGAAAAAUGGCACAAUGGAGUGUAGACCGCCGAGACAUGGAGAAUAUGCGCAUCACCAAAGACGGUGAAAAUGCAAUGAAAGUGGUGAUAGAGGGAGAGGAGAGAAUCGCACGAUUAGGUUACGAUUCGCCACCCCCUGGCCAUUAUCCAGAAUCUCUAUUAGCCCAAGGCCCACGAGGACUCGAUUGCUGGGAUGAUGUGAGAGUGAGAUAUGACUAUUACAAAGCACGUGGCUACUUGCGAGAUUUGACUCUUGAUGACUAUGUCAAGUGGGAGGAGUGGUGGUACAAGUAUCAAGAAUGGCUGGAGGCUGAACGCUUUUACGAGCAGUGGUCAGCCGCUGGAGCACGCGGAGGCGGUGGCAGGAAGAGACGUGGCAGACGCAAUAAUGCCAAUCAUUAAUCAUAUUUUAUCCUAUUAUUGUAUGAUGAACAAUUGUUGAGCCAUCAAUCGAAUCAUUUGUCAUUCAUAUUUAAGACAUGAGCAUGUGCUGUGACGUCCACGCCCUUACAUUGUAAUCGUUCAACUUUUAUGCAUUGGGCCCGGUGUAUGCGUAUAAUAAAUAACAUGCUACCGAU